UCAGGAAUCAGGAUCCAUAAAAGGGAUCCGCGUCUGCUGACUCAUUGUGAGCCCCGGCCAUCUAUUAAUACCGUACCCCCAUCAAUCCCUCCCUAUUCCACAAUUUUAUUUCCUGUUCUGUGUCUUUGGGUGCUGUGCAAAACCCUAGCUUCUUGUAACUCCUUCGCAUCAUCGUUGAAUUUCCCCUUCUUAAGAAUGGCUGCUAAACCACUCUCAACUGAGGCGAUUGCACUUACAGAGAAGAAAAUGGACAUGACACUAGAUGACAUAAUCAGAAUGUCUAAAAAUACAUCCAAGACUAAGAGGCAAAAAAGAGUUCCAAAUAAAGGCCAGAAAUUUUCAAACGGUCUUACUCAGGAUAAAUCUUCAAAGCUGAGACGUUUUAUGGACUCAAGGUCUUCUGUCAGACAGGGGGUUCUUGCUAAGAGAAGAUCAAAUUUCCAAGAAAACCAAUUUCCUGUUGCAGCGCAGUUUGCACAAAAAGCUGCAGUUGCUCCUCUGCGCAACAGAGCUUCAAAUCGUAGUAGGAUGGCUAACCAGAAUAAAGCAAGGUUUGGAGCACCAGCGGGUCAGAGAAGGGCUGCUAGUGGAAAUUUUGCUCCAAAGCAGCCCCGGCCUACUUCUCAGCAACAGCAGCGCGAGGAGGAAUUGGAUGUGAUGCCUAAGCAGAGGCCCCAAACGUUGGAUUCACUGUUUGCAAACAUGAAGGAGCAAAGAAUGAGAGGUCUAUCAAGGCCGAAUAAUAAUGUGCACCGCAAUGGAGGAAGUGGACCGAGGAUCCCCCCAUGGGGAAGGAGUCGCUUUGGUAACUAAUGUGUUGGCUUGGAUGGAAAUUUCGUGCCGUCAGAGUGGAUGCGUGUUGGAAUUUUAAGUGUGCAAAUGCUGAACCUAGUUCCUUGUUUUUAAAUUUUUUUAGGGUUAUGUUUUCUGUUUUCACUUGCAUGUUCUUUUAGCAGUUCCCUUGCACGUCCAUUGUAUAUUUUGCCCCCAGUAGCAUAGCAUUAGCGGGUGACUUAGAUGUUGGAUAUACGUUUCUGGUUUAGAACGAACAAUCAACAUGCAAUGUCCAGCUUCUUUAUUUUUUUAUUUUCAAUUGCAAUUCAAUGCGGUUGCUUCUCAUGGCAGCAAGUUGUUA